CAACUUCUAUCUACUACUUAUAUUCCUUCUUUUCCUUACCAUUCAAUCUUAUUAUUCUUCACACAAUAUGACUAACAAGAGGUCAUAUUUCUUUUCCCAUACAUCUCUUUACUUUUUAAUCAUCUUAUUAACAUUAACACUAUUUCCACAAAAGUCAUUACAAGAAGCCCCUUAUGUGUGCCCAUAUCCUUGUCUUCCACCACCUAUAGGGUGGUCUACACCGACACCGGUCCUUCCACCACCUAAAACCCCCACACCCACCACCUCAAAUUGUCCACCACCACCAUCGCCGCCAUCGACCCCCACCUACGACUAUUCAUCGCCGCCACCGCCAGCGACACCCAGCUACGAAUAUUCGUCGCCACCACCACCGUCUACGCCGGCACAAUACUACUCCCCACCACCACCAUCAUCAUCAGGGUACACACCAAGUUAUGGUUAUAAUUACCCUCCUCCUAGUGGAUCAAUGUUCCCUUAUGGUAAUGCUCCUCCCCCUCCUAACCCAAUUGUGCCUUACUUCCCUUAUUACUACAAGAAUCCACCACGUUCACCUCAAGAUUCAUCAGCAAACAUGAACCGGUUUCGGUUACUCGGUAGUUUAUGGGUGGUUUUGUUGUUAUCUUCAUCAUCAAUUCCUCUUCUUGGUUGGAGAUGAUCAAAGGAUCACACUUUGAGUCAAGCUUAAGUGAGGGAAAAGUUAAAAGUUAUGUAAUUAGUUCCAUUCUUUUUUCUAGCUUUUCAAAUGUACUUGAUAAAGAGAUGAAUGAAGUUGAUCAAUAUAUGGUUAUCACUUUAAUUUACACAA